AUGUGUACUUUCCUGAAACAACAUACAGCCUACGAUGUAUUACCGGUCAGUUAUCGAGUCAUAGUAUUUGAUACUCAUUUGCUUGUCAAGAAAGCACUUGCAGCUUUGGUACAAAACGGUAUUGUAUCAGCACCAUUAUGGGAUAGUUCGUCACAAAAGUUUGCAGGCAUGUUAACAGUAGCGGAUUUCAUUAAUUUAAUUCAAUAUUAUUAUACUCAUUCAUCGGUGGAAGAAGCACUACGAGAUAUUGAAAAGUGUGAACUAGCUCAUCUUCGUAAUGUGGAAAAACAAAUUGGUGCACCUGCUCCUCAACUACUCUAUAUGGAUCCUAUGGCAUCGUUAUAUGAUGCUUGUCGGCUACUGGCAGAAAGUCGUGCUCAUCGAGUCCCUCUUCUGGAUAAGGAACCUGAUACUGGAAUGGAAAUGAUUGUGAGCGUGAUUACUCAAUAUCGUAUUCUCAAGUUUAUUGCAGUUAAUUUCAAGGAAUCACAUGUUUUGCGUCAACCGUUAUCGGAACUCAAGAUCGGCACUUAUAAAAACAUUGCAACAGCUACCAUGUCUACUCCUGUAAUUCAAAUCAUCAAUACAUUUGUGGAUCAAAAUAUCAGUGCAGUACCUAUAGUUGAUGAUCAAGGCAUUGUACUAAAUGUAUAUGAAACAAUCGAUGUUAUGAGUAUAGCAAGAUCUGGAAACUACAAUCAAUUGGAUAUCCCCGUGGGUGAAGCGCUGGAAGCUCGACCAAAGAAUUACCCUGGUGUACAUACUUGUAGAUUGAACGAUACCUUACAUUCCAUCUUUCGAACUAUUAGAAAACAGCGUGUAUAUCGAUUGAUUGUAGUAGAUGAAGACAACAAAUUGAUUGGAAUUGUUAGUUUAUCGAAUAUCUUGGGACAUCUGGUUGGGUACAAAAGGAAGGAAUAA